AUGGAGGAACGAGCCAAGCAUGACGACGACAGGCUGAGCGCUCUCCCCGACGACGUCCUGCUCGCCGUCCUCCAGCUGCUCGACGCGGGCACCGCCGUCAGGGCCGGCGCCCUCGCGAGGCGAUGGAGGCACCUCCGCUGUCUGCUUACCGAUCUCACCAUCGACGUCGCCGACCUGGUACCGCCUUCUCCAGACCCCUCUUCUCCUUGUCGGACGGUGCACGAUAUGAUGACGGCCUACACCGCCGCCACGGCGUGGUUCCUCACUCCGAACAAGCAACGGAGCAUCAAGAGCCUGCGCCUCACGUUCUACCUCGUAGACCCGUACCUGCGCUCCAUUGGAGACGCCGUCGCCGAGAGCGGCUGUGGAAGCACGGCCGAGCCCCUGGAGUUCACCAUACUGGCGGACGUCGACGCCCUCACCGUCAACGAUGCGGAGUGCGCCAUGCUUGCGGCGCGCCUCAUGUCCUUCCUUGGCGCUUGCCCCGUCGCUUUCAGUGGGCUCACCAGACUCUCCCUGCAGAACCUCUGUUUCGGCGACUCCGAUAUCUCGGAUCUCCUCAACGCCUGCAGUCGACUAGAGCUCCUCUCCUUGAGCCAUUGUGGCUCUAGCUCUGACUUCCGUGCUACGGAUAGACGCUCCGACAUCUUCGCUCCGGACCUUGGAAAUCCGCGAGCCUUUCUUCCAUGGAGUUGA